AUGGCGAGUAGACGUAUCAGUCACCUGCAAGUUGACAUGUACCUUGCCUGCACAAAUAAAGCGCCGUAUGUUUCAUCUCUACGAAUUGUUCUUCCAUGUUCUUUUAUCCUUGCAACAUUGAUAAAUUUGUUGUGGGCUGCUUUUCGCUGUCGCAGUCUGGAAUUGAUCGCUGAAGGCGCUUUCAGAUAUCGUGUUGGUGUAAGCAGCGAAUACGAAUGCAGCUGCGACAAAAAGCUGAGGCGAAUGUUGUGCGAGCACUCGUUGGGUGUGGCAAUGGUUUUAGGAGAAGUACAGGAGUACCUGGAGUAUUGCGUUAAUGAAAGGACCAGGAGAACAUUUUUUGGUGCAUGGGGUUUUCCAUUUAGGAAUUGA